UUUACUUAAGACGGUUGUUGUAAGCGGUAGAUUGUCAUCGUACAAAACGGAAAUUUUGUGGAAGUGCGUUUAGUUUUAAACUUGUUACAGAAGAAAAAAAAAUUUAACGUAGAAUUAUUUUUUGUAAAAUAUUAAAGUGAUUUUGUUUUAAGCGAAAUUCAUAUAAAAAUCUGUGUGGUGUUUAAAAUUCUUUUUAAAUUUAUCACUUCGCUCUCACUCUACCCAUUUUAAGUUGAAAUUGUGUGUUUUUCUAACUGAACAGCAGCAUUAAGUCGAUAUGUUAGCUGCUGCUUUGACUCAUUUACACUAAUAUUUUUAUUAAAGAAACUUACUGAAUGACGUUCAUUUGUUGCUAUUGUUUUUGAAAGUAUCUUGGCAAAAUAAAAGUAAAAAUUGUUUGUUGCUGUUGGCAUCUUUAAUAAGAAAUUUUAACCGUGAAAUUACUUUAACUACAAAUUUGAUUUGAUAAAAUUUUUAUAGCAUUUUUUUGUUGGCACAACGCAACUAAAUAGUUUCAAUGAACUUUAAAUCGUUAAAAUAUAAAUAAAUAAAUAGUUUUAUAAUGAAUAAAAAUAAAAAAAUAAUAAAUAUAUUAAAUCUAUAAAAUUUUGCAACAAAAACAAACCUCAAAGUGAAUUAAAAGCAAAGGUUAUUAAACAAAAAAUAAAUGAAAUCUUUCGAAAUAACAAAAAACCAACAAGUACUUUAGUUUCUUUUGUGUGUGUUGCUUAAUUUUUCAGUGAAAUUUGCUCCUUUCACCGGCAGACGACAACAGUAACAACGUCACCAAUACAAAGUAAACCAUGUCUUGUGGUCCUUACCAGUUUCACUAACUUUUGUAUUGUGUUUAUGACCUCAACAUCUUCAUCACCAAUAUUUGCAGCAUCAGGCGUAACUUGUUUUUAUUUUAAAACCGCCAGCCACUAAACAAAAGUUUAUGCAAAAAUUUCUUUUACUCAAAAAAGAAACAGUUCAGUCGUGUUCAAAAUUUAAAUUAAAAAAAAAAAAUAAAACCCCAAAAGUUAAAUCAUAAAAACAACAUCAAAAAACACAUGCAAUUAUACAUAUAGUAAAAUUUUUUAUGCAUUUCAAUUCGUUUUAAGAAAACAACAACAAAAUUGCUGUUUUCCAAGUGGAUUAACUUUUUUUGGACCAACAAAAACUAACAAGUUAAAGUUAUUAAAGUUUAUUAAAAUUAAUUUCGAUGCAAAUAAUAUUGUGCUAAAAAAGUAAUCAACAAUCACAACAUUUUACGGAAACGCAAAAAAAAAAACAACAAAUGAAACCGAUAUUAAAAACACGUAAAUUAUGAAAAAAACUUUAUUAAUUGAAAAAUUUGUCAGUGAAAACAAAAUGAACAGAAAAAUGAUAGAAAUGAAGACGACAGUACCCACCACAGCAAAUAUCAUGAUACAAACAAAUAAAUUUAAUAAUAAUAAAAUUAAACAGAAUAAUACAGAUUUUUUAAAUGAAAAUAAAUGGAGAAAAAUAACAAGUCGGACGCCAUAUAGAAAUAAACAUAACAUAAACCUUACUAAAGCCAAAACCACCUCAAACAACAAACAUCCUCGCAAUAGCAACAGUAGUUUCCACAUCAUCAAUCGUAUGAGACAACAAAUGUCCUUCCUUUUAAAUAAAACAAAUUUUUGGAUUAUGCUGUGGUUGCUGGUGACGUUAAUACAACAUGUGGAAUCAUUAGAAAUGACAACAGGACAAUACCACACAACACACCACACGUCUUCAUCGACCGUUCGAUAUAGUCAGCUUUUAAGUACAAAUGGUCAAAUGACCAUGAGUGGCAAUGCAAAGAGUAUGGACGAUGUCGACGACGAUACAUUUCGGCCGUUUGUGCCUAAAGAUCCAGAAAUGAUAUCGCGUAAUGUGUUUACGCCAUCUGGACAAUUUCGUGUUUUUCAACCCAUUGACACAGAUUUAAGAGCUGCCGUGACAAUUCAAAGCAAAAGUCAACAUUAUGGAAGAAAUAAAAUGUCAGAGCCAUUAAACUCAUCUUCAUCAGCAGCAGCAACAGUAACAGCAGAACCAAGACAAACAUCCUUUGUGCAUGACACCCAACAAAUGACUGGAAACCAUAAAAAUACUAAAGGCAAGGAAAGAGCACAUGUUGAAGUCUACCAAAUAGACUCUAGUAAUUUAUCAUUAACGAAACAUCAGAAGCAGCAACAACAAUAUCAUCAGCAUCAGCAACCAGAACCACAACUACAUAAAACGGUCAAGAAAACACAUGAAAUUAAACAUCAACACGAACAAGAACCAGAACAACAUCAAUAUGACCACAAACAACCCAUAAACAAUGUGGAUGUUCAACGAAAUGAAAUUUCCAAACAGGAUGAUUUGAAAUCAGAUUUCAAAAAUCUCGAAGAUUUAUUAGUCGACUAUGUAACGAACUUUUUUGAGAAAGGUCAAUACGAACCUAUGCCUGGUCUAUUGGUUGAAUUACAAAACAAUCAGAGCCAACCACUGGCUACCGAGCUGACCGCUAAGACACGUAAUGUAAGACAAGCAUCAUUUGCCACUGAUGCUAAGGUUAAAAUUGAUUUACCACGAACAAUGGCGACAGGACGUUUAUUAUUUCUAACAGGUCUUAAAAAAGUUUUAUGGCCUGUAUUUAUGGGUUUACAAGUUUUGAAAUCUUUACUUAUCGCUAUGUUUAUACCGGCUAUCAUUGGUUCGUUUACGAAAUUGUUGGGAAAAGGUAUUUCAACAGGAUCUGCACCUCUAUUCAUACGUCCCAUGGAAGCACCACAAGAAUUAGAUUUUCGUGAUAAUAGUAUUAACUUUGAUGAUGAUAAGUUCCUAGUUACCGAUGAAGGUGUUAAAAAUAAUUCACCAUAUGCCUACAAUCAACCGGAUGCUUCACAAAUGCACAACGAAUACGUUUUUGAUCCAUCCUCUGCUAAUAAUCAAUUGUCGUACACUCGUUUGGGUAUGAAUGAGCGUCAACAUCAAUUAAUGCAAGAUUCCUAUAUGAGUGCACUACAAAGUAUAGGCUCAGCUUCUUUUAAAAAUUCUGGAUCAUUAUCGAGUGGUUCGUCGGGGUUAGUAGCACCCAUGGCUAAACGUCCACCACCAGCAGCAAAUGUUAAUACAUUCCAACAAUUUCAAAAUGUACCCGAUUCAUCAUUACUACUCUCCAAUUACGAUCCUUUCUAUAGUCCUUUAUUAUCACGUCUGGAUUCGGUGUUUGCCCAAUUGAAAAUCAAUUCAGACAAAGAAAUGUGUCGUGAAAAAUUGAUAUGUUUAAUGUAUGCAAAUCCAGCAAAAUAUGCACCAUACAGUAAUUUAGUCUCGGCCCAGUUGAGUCGUGAACUAAAUGAAUUGCGUAAACCCACAUCAGAUAAUCCCGAUAUAUUGCGUUUCUUUAAAUACAUGCGUGCUGCCAAGGAUGGACAGGAUGGAGUUGAUUGUGAGAAAACAUUUGAUAAAUGUACAGAGUUUAAAGAUUUUGAAAAUCCAGCAAUGGUCUCCACUUAUCAUGAUAUUAACAAAUUGGUACAAGCGAGAAAAUUGACAAACAAAUAAAAUACAAUCUAGAGGAAAAACAAAAGAAAACAUAUAUGUUCGUAAUAAAAUAUGAAAGAAGCUUUAAUAAAUGAUUAGAAUAAUAAAGUAAGAACCAAAAUGAAUGAAAAAUUUGGCAAAUGAAGACAUACAUAUGUACAUAUUACAUCUUGUAAAAAUUUUGUUAUGAUUGAUGAAUAAUAUGAAAUUUAUCUAUUUAUUACUGUUUUUUACAUUUAUCCUUUUUCGAAUAGCAAAAAGUAACAUCGACAAAAAUGACAGCCAUAGUUUCGUGUAGAUUGUAUUUUAUUAGUUUUAUUAUUAUAAUUAUUAUUUAUCUAUUUUUGUAUUUAUUUAUUUAUUUAUUAAUUUAGUUUUGUAUUUUUUUUUAUUUAUUUAUUUAUUUAUUUUUGUAUUUAUUUAUUUUUUUCCAUUUUUUAAUAUCUGAUUUUAUAGUGAUUUAAAAGUUGAUUUAAUCCUUUAAAUAGCAAAAUGUAUCGAAAUUUGUGUUUUUUGUAUAUUUUGCUAUUUCAAAGUAAAAUAUUUUUUUAAACCAAAAAGGGCUAUCCCCUUAGUUAUUCUUUUUUUUACAAAUUUGUUUAUGAUUAUGCAAUUUGUUCAGUUUUUUCCUCUUCUAAAACAAGAUUUUUUUGUUUAGUAUUUUUUGCUAACAAAGAAUUGAUUUAAUGUACAAUUUCAUUCAAAGCAACUUACCCAUUUUAACUAGAAAUGAUUUUGGUAUAUAUUGAUGAAAAUUUUUUUAAAAAUAAUUAUAAGUCUUUGAGAUUUCUUUGCAUUUUUCUUUGGAUUUUUUUUUUAAUAUUUUUGUUUAGUAUUUUUUGCUAACAAAGAAUUGAUUUAGUGUACAAUUUCAUUCAAAGCAACUUACCCAUUUUAACUAGAAAUGAUUUUGGUAUAUAUUGAUGAACAUUUUUUUAAAAAUAAUUAUAAGUCUUUCAGAUUUCUUUGCAUUUUUCUUUGGAAUUUUUUUUUUCAAUAUUUAUGAUUUAAGUCUUGUUUUAGUAUCAUUUAAUAAUUGAAAUACCAAUUAUGAUUUAAAAAUGUUUUGUUGGAAAUUUUCAUUAUUAAUGAUAAAUUACACAGGCGGACAAAUUAAUCCAGAGGACUAAGUUACACUGAAUCCGAACCUGCGUUUUUUUUCUUUUGUGAUAAAAAAAAUUCAGCGCAGAACAAAGAUUUCAAGAUUUUGCCUUUUUUGAAAUUUUGUCAUACUGUGUAAUUUUCUUUAAAUACCAUUUAAUAAUUACCUUAAAAUUUAUGAACAUUUUCUACUUUGUAAACUUUUCAUUUGCAUCAGUUUAGGCAAGACAUACAAUUUUCAUAAAGGAAGAAUAAAUUCAUAAUUUCGAUUGAUAACACAGACUAACGAAAUUGCGAUUUGGAAAAAGCCUUAAAAACUAAUUUAACUUCAUUUAAUGUAUUUUUAGCUGCUGAAACCUAAUCCGAUUCGGAUGUUCUUUAUUAUCGACAUGACGGAAGUUUAAUGUAAUUAUAAAAAAAUAUUUACGUUUGUGGGUUAAGUUUGAUUUUUUUUAAAGUCAUUCUAUUUUUUUCCUUCAAUAUAAAUAUCAGUUUCAUUCUAUAUUUUUCAUAAGUUUAAUUUAAAUCGUUUCCCAAGAACUAAUUUUUUACCUCAGCUUCAACUUCAUAGUUUAUGGGUUUUCAUUACAUAUACGAUUUUUCUAAAACAUCAGAUAUGUUUUUACUUUUUUCUUAUAAUUUUCUAUUUUAUAUUUUAAAAAAUAUAUAAAACGCUAACAACGAAACAUUUUUAAUAAUAUUUUUUCUUCGAAAUCCGUAAAACUCAAAUCGCACGUACGUUCUAAUAAUCUGUGAGAGAUACAUAUAUUUGAAAUAAGUUUUCCAGAAUUCAAAAAUAUUAUUUUAAGUGCGCUUUAGACUAUAAGACUUUACGUACAACUUUACUUAUGAGAAAUCAAAUAAAAUUCUAUUCGAAAAGAAAAUAAAAGUCGUAAGAUUUCUAUUUUUACUUUUACACUAUUCAUAUAAUACAAUAACACAGUACAAUGGAAACAGCUGUUUCUGCGUGGUUUACAUAAAAAUACAUCCCUGAUCUAAUGCGACAAGCUAAUUUUUUUAAUUAUUUCAAAAAAUGAAGAGAACCAUACGACUGUCAAAUUUUCCAUCCGCAUUUUUCUCAAUGUGUGAUUACGUUUCGACUAUCCCAUCCGUUCUCUUUUACACGAUGUUCUGAUAGAUCCCAGCAAAAAAGUCUUAAAAUUUUGCUAAUGAGUAAUCUAAAUAACGUAAUUAUUUAAUGCAUUAACUCGUAAUGAGUGCUCUUUGUCAAUAACGUUAUUUAAUUUUUUUAAUGUUAUUUGUAGACAAUUAUCUUGGGAAUCAGUCCAAUUGUCUAAAGCAGAGGAGCUCAAUAUUGCCAUUACAUAGCACGCGUGAUAGGGUUAGAAAAUUCUGCUGACGUUAAGUUGAUACACAUACACUACAAGUUUAAUUCUUUUUCUUUUUAUAAUGAGCAAUAUCAGUUAAUUUGUUCUCAAUUUGAGAAACAAACCAAAUCAGUUGCUGAUCAGCACUUGUUGAAGCGAGGUCUAGCGCGACGUUUUUAUACCCUUCACCUUCGGGAGAAGGGUAUAUAUAAGUUUGUCAUUCCGUUUGUAAUUUCUAUAAUAUAAUUUUCCGACCCUAUAAAGUAUAUAUAUUCUGGAUCCUUAUAGAU